UGUUGUUGUUGUUGUUGUUGUUGUCGUUUUGGUAAUUGCCUGGCACACACACACACACAUGCACAGCUAAGUCAGUCAUGAAUUGGAAUCGGUGCGCGCGGUCGUGUGUGUGACUGUUUGUUUGUAUCCGCAACUGCAUCUGUAUUAUUGUACCAACGUAUAUUUUCGUUACGAUAGAGCAGCUGCGUAUAGCCUGAGGCGUUAUGGAAACGCUUAGCGAUUGACACAGCCUAAGGAAUACAAAUUGCAAAAUUUCUUGCGUGCAGUGUAUUGGCAACAAUCUCAAUGGUGGGCGGAUAUACAACAGUGAUUUCCAACUAUCUUCCACUCCAAGUCCCCUCGUACUCCCCAGCCCUGUCCCCCCUAGACGAGCCAUACAGCAUAAGAUGUCUGACACAGUUGCCAGCGAGCGCAAGGCCCAGGCAAAUGGAACAUUGAGCGAUACCAUUGAGUCCCUAGACGAUGCCAUUCUAUUGGCCGAUAAGUCCAAGGUAUUCAGCGAUUAUAUAGGCGAAGAGGAGCCACUGAAAAUAGUGGAGCCCAGCGACAAGUUGGAGAAGAGCGCGCAGGAGAAGGUGAAAAAGUGCGUCACAUUCAAUCCGAACGAUGAGAAGAUUCGCAAGUUCACCACGGGCGAGCCGAUUGUUGACCAGCAGAAUCCGUUCAAGAAUGGUCACAUAGAUAGGAAGAAGACGCCGCCGCCGGUGCCCACCAAGCGAUCCACAUUGAGUGUACGGAAGACGGUGACGCAACAGUUGCGAGAACGCGAGCGCGAAAAGGAGAAGGAGCGCGAAAAGCUAAAGGAGCGCGACCUGGAGGAGAAGUCCCUCAAGGACAAGGAACGCGAACAGCUCAAGAACGAGGCCAACAAUCGCAAGAAGGCGCAACUUGUCGCCGAUGACUACAUAACCACCGAGGAGGUACUUAAGCAAUCGAAGUACGUCAAGACAUACAUCAAGAAUCCGGAUGCAUAUUUCGUCUACGAUCCCACGGUGCUGGCGCGCCUGAAGUUCGAGGAGCUGCGCGACAUAGCGGGCAAAGUACCGAAACGUAAACAGGCCUGGACGAGCGGACAGCAGGCGGCAAAUCGCCAAAGGGAGACGAAAGCGCCAGCGACGAAGCUGGCGAGACAACAAGAGGCUAACGGCAAGCCGAAGACGGCAACCUUUAAGAAGUGCUCCAAGCCAAACUACCCCGAAUUGGCCAACUUGAAAAUACGCACGGGCACCGACACGACCGGCGCUUACUUCAAUCCCGACGAAGUGACCAAGAACGCCAAGAAAUUCGACGAGCGCGUGAAGAAACUGCAAAUUAGCUCCGACGACGAUCUGGACGAGAUCGAUGGUCCAUUGACCAAAAGCGAGUCCAGCGACGAGCUGAAUCAGCCGAGUGCCGAGGAGGACACAGCGAAGAUGACAACAAAUGGCAAUGCCCCGGCCCCUGGCACCUUCACCAACACCAUCAGCUCCGAGGAGUUCCAGGCCUAUCUGGAGCGCAAGGGCUUGGCGCUGAUGCCCAAGCGGGAGAUAAACAGCCCAACGCCCAAAUCGACGCCGACGACGACGCCGACGCCGACGCCAACGCGUGCAACGGCUGAGGAGCGACGCCAACAGGUGGCCGAAUCCUUGGCAGCCUUGCGCAAGAGCAAUACCAAAAAGUUAUCCGUCUUGCAGCGUCUCUCCAACAGUCUCUUUGCCACGCGCCGCAAGACCACGCCCAAGGGCGCACUGCCCGUGCCGCGCAGCGUCUACGGCGACAGCGAGGAGCACAAGAAGCUGAAUACCCCAACAGAGAUGCGGCGCAUCCUGCUCGAGAGCCAGCCAAAUGGCCAGUUGAGGCAGCAGGUAAAGCAGCAGCCACCGCCGCAGCCGCAGCCCAGGUCAAAGCCAACGCUGGAGACGAGACUGGAGCCGACGCCAUUCCAGCGCAGCACGGAACGUCAGAGUCUCAUACCCAGACGCGUCUCCCCGCCGGAGAGCAAUUUGAAUCGCUUCACUCGUUCCGCCUCCAUGGAUCGCAAUCAAAUCAAGCUGCACAGCCAGCGCAACAUGAGCCGGCUGGAGAGCGUGGGCCAGCGACGAUCCGUCGCCUCCUGCCAGUCCAACGAGGAGCGCCACAGCAACGGCCACAGCCAUCCCAUGGCCACAUCGACGCCAGUGCGCAAAACGCUCGAGUCCCAGAACAGCAAUCACAAUGAAUGGGAGCAAUUGAGAGCGAUCAAAGAGGUGACCGAUAGACAGCUCUACAACAAGGUCAUACAACAGCAGCAGCAGCAGCAGCAGCAACAGCAGCAACUGCUGCUGCAGCAGCAGCAGCAACAGCGACAGCGUCAGAGCGAGGAGAACAUCUAUGAGCACCUGCAAUCGCAGCAACUGACAACGCCUGGCUUUGUGCGUGGCUCAGUGCAGCGCAACACCUAUGCCGGCGUCAGCGGACGCAAUCGUCAGAUGCUGCAGCCCGUUGCUGCUCAGCCGGCCGGUCAGCAGUUGCCGGCGCGCUGCCAGAGCGUGCUGGAUGAGCUGAUCACGCCCAACAACCAGGCCACGCGACGCGGCUACGAGAGCGAGAACGAGACGCCAGUUGUGCUGCGACGCAAGGAGCCGAGCGCUGUGCGACGCAUUGGCGGUCUGUUGACGCGCGACGAGAUCCUCGAGAAGGUGAAGGAGUUCUGUCGCAAGUCCAUCAAUCGCACACCGUUGCCCGCUGCCAAAAUGCAGCCCAUCUAUGAGCGUCACAACAACCAGAAUCAGAAUAGUUGUGCGGACAUCUCGCCCGUGUCGUACGCCUCGGUGGAGACGCAUAAGCGACCCGCCUCGCAGCUGAGUGUGGCCCGGCCGCAGGUGCCGUUGCGUGUCCAGAGCCUGCCACGGUCCAGCUAUGCCACCAACUCAACGGCUAUGAACGGUGCCUCGCCCAUCUAUGCGCACGUGAACAAGCGCAACAGCCUCCUGUCCAACGACUCCGAGCAGUAUGUGUCCAAUCAGCAGCUGCUGAAUCAGCGCCAAUCGCUGCUCACUCUGACGCCCACGGAAUACGUGCUCAUCCAGACAGAGGAAGGCCUGCAGGCGGCCAAGCUGAUUGACUAUCACAAUAGCGGCUUGUAUAUGCAGCCACAGUAUAUACGCGCCAGUCCCCAGGGCUAUGUGCGCAUCGAGGAGCUGGCAAUGGCCCAACAACAGCAGCAGCAGCAGCAGCAACAGCAGCAGCUGCAGCUGCAGCAACAACAACAGCUGCAGAAUGGCCGUGCCACGCCCCUAAUACUAGAUCGUUCCGGGCAGCAGACAAGCCAAAUAUAUUGGACGCCGCAGCAUCAGCGCUUGCAGCAGGCAAAUCAAAUGAAUCAGUUGACGCUGCAGAAGAGUCCACGCAUGUAUCCAGUGCCAGCGCCCAGAUUGCACAUGCCACAGAGCUAUGUCAUGGCGAAUGGCCAGCCAUAUGCGACGGUUGUGCCGGCAACGAGAAAUCAGGUUAACAGGCAACAGUUGGCCAGGAAUUCGUCCAAUUGGGAUUGCAGUUCCGAGGCGGGCGAGAUACGACGUAUAUUAGAUAAGUCGUUGUAGGACAAAGAGGCCAACAGCCCAGACGACAACGACGACGACGACGAGGACACAGUAGCAGCAGCAGCAGCAGCACCAUGGA